ACGUUCUCGCUUACUAGGGGUUUAUUUUUCAUUUGUUAUUAUUACUACCGCGCCGGAUCUCUAUACGCACAUCUGUAAAAUGGCAAGCUUUCUUUCUUGCCUGACACAGUGACGUAUGCAUGUGCCGUAACGCUGCAGAUUGCGCCUGUCCCGUGCCUUCGGCCGAAGCUGUCGUGCGCAUGCGUGUUUCUGCAACGGUGUUGGGAGCGCCCGGGAUGGUCAAGUCGUGAUGCUUUGCUAAGGGUCCUGCCACUGAAGAAAGCAAAGCUGUCGCCUUCAAGAACUAGUGCCACUGGAGCUCCCCUUCUGAGGAAUUCCCUGCCAAAGCAGACCCAACAGUUAUGGCUAUGGAAGGCAACAGCAGAAUUGAGUGCAUCUUUUUCAGUGAAUUCCACCCUACGCUUGGACCUAAAAUAACUUACCAGGUACCAGAAGAUUUCAUUUCCCGGGAGCUCUUUGAUACGGUUCAGGUAUACAUCAUCACUAAACCUGAACUGCAAAACAAGCUUAUCACAGUUACAGCUAUGGACAAGAAACUAAUUGGCUGCCCAGUUUGUAUUGAACACAAGAAAUAUAGCCGAAAUGCUCUGCUCUUUAACCUUGGCUUUGUUUGUGAUGCUAGAGCUAAAACCUGUGCACUGGAACCCAUUGUGAAGAAACUGGCAGGUUAUCUCACCACUCUGGAGCUUGAAAGUGGCUUCAUCUCCAAUGAGGAAAGCAAGCAAAAGUUGAUACCAAUAAUGACCAUCCUGCUUGAGGAACUGAAUGCCACUGGCAAAUGCACUCUGCCGAUAGAUGAAUCCAACACCAUUCACCUGAAAGUGAUUGAGCAGCGUCCAGAUCCCCCCAUCGUGCAGGAAUAUGAUGUUCCUGUUUUCACCCAAGAUAAGGAUGAUUUCUUCAGUUCCCAGUGGGACCUCACGACUCAACAGAUCCUACCAUACAUUGAUGGGUUUCGACACAUUCAGAAAAUCUCAGCUGAAGCAGAUGUGGAGCUGAAUUUGGUUCGAAUUGCCAUCCAGAAUCUGUUAUACUAUGGAGUAGUGACUCUAGUUUCCAUACUUCAGUAUUCAAAUGUGUAUUGUACUACUCCCAGAGUUCAGGAUCUGGUGGAUGAUAAAUGUCUGCAAGAAGAAUGCCUCUCGUACAUCACAAAGACAGGUCACAAACGAGCCAGUCUGAGAGACGUUUUCCAACUGUACUGUGGACUGACCCCUGGCACAACUGUUCGAGACCUAAUUUGUCGCUAUACAGUUCAACUCCAGAGAGUAGAUGAAAGGAAGCUCAUCCAGUUUGGUUUGAUGAAAGGUCUUAUUCGGCGACUUCAGAAGUAUCCUGUGAAAGUUGCCCGGGAUGAAAGAAGUCAUCCAGCACGACUCUACACGGGCUGUCACAGUUAUGAUGAGAUCUGCUGUAAAACGGGUAUGAGCUACCGGGAGUUGGAUGAGAGACUGGAAAAUGAUCCUAAUAUAAUUGUUUGCUGGAAAUGAGUCUCUCCAAGAAUCAAAUGUUUAUCCAUCAUGCCCUGUAAAUGCUUGCUUGAGCUACCUGGGACUCUGAGGAGGCAUUAGGAUCUCUUUAAGAGUAGCACUGUUCCUGGUGUAUGAGAUGGUGCAUUUUUUUCAGUCCAGUGUUACUUGGAAAGAAUGAGUUAGGUGGACUUGGAUUGCUAAUUGACAACUAAGUAUGGAUCCCAUUUCUCUGAGAGGCAAAUUACAUGUAUAUAUGAUUGCAUGUAAACUACAGAAAGUCUAAUGUUAAGGAAAGUAGUGGUGGAAGGGAUGGGUGCUUUAAUCCAUUCCUUGUUUUCCGUAUUUUCCCACCCCAUUACUUCCCUUAUGAGGUUCCAAAUAUGUAUUUGAGGGUAGAGGUAUCUGCUGCCCUAUGCUAGGAAAAGCAGCUGGGGGAGAUGGGAAGACUUGAGCCAGGAGAUUGGCUGGUAUAGAAAGAGGUUAAGCACUUCCAGACUCUGCCUUCCCAAUGCUGCUUUUCAGUUUAAAAAAUUCUGUUUAGGGCUUCCUUUUACACAUUUAUUUUGUUCUUGAAUGUUAGAAAAUACAAACCUGCUGCUGCCUUCACCCUCUUUGCCUUUAGGUACAUGUUCAUUUGCUGUCUGCAGAAGUGACUUCUGGUAACUCUUCUGUUUAAUGUGAAAGAGCAGGCUAGCCCAGCUUCUUUGAACUUUUUACAGUGUUCACUUCCCAUCUUUGCCUUCUGUUCAAAUAUUUGCUGUUGCUGUUUAGCAGUUGUACUACGCUCAUGCUUGCAAUAAAGCACUGAAUGAAAAAUGUACUGUAAUAACAUUGCACAAAUGAAGCUGGAAUGAAAUGAUACUGA